AUGGCUUCAGCUAUACCUAUCAUGCCUCCUCCGGGUGCCGCCCCUGCCGCCGGCGAAGAAACGAACGCCUCCUCUUCCUCCACCAACGCCUGGCAAAAGUCCACCGCCACAGGCCCUGCAAAGACCACUGCCUCUAGCACUACCCCCAAACCGGUGUCGCUGACCAACAGCAACAAGACCAGGACUUGUCGCAAUAUUGUGAUCCACGGGUUCUGCAAGUACGAGGGAAAGGGCUGUGAGUUCAACCACGAUGUCGCCAAGCUCCAUGUGAACUCGCCCAUCUUCAAGCCCUCCAACCUCAGUUCAGGAUCCGUCAAAGCAGAGUCCAUCAAUGCCCCCGAGUUUGUCCCUAAGCACAGCCAAGAUUCGAGUUCAGCGGCAGGAGGAGCUUUCCAGGAUAACCGUCCAAUGGUGCAGUCGUUUGUGUCGCCGAUGCAGAACAGCCUGAUGGGAAGCAUGAGUAACCUGACUGGCAACUUUUCGCAGUUUGGAAUGAACGACAUGUCAAUGGGAGGACCAAUGUCAGGAAACUACUAUGGCGAGGGAUCAGUCAACAAUUAUUACUAUCAAGCAUCCGGUGCAAUGCUUCACCAACCUACCAUUCACGGAUUCUUCAUCUCGGACACACUGCGCGAGGAGCUUCAUAAGAAGAACGAGAUGGUCUUGCAGACUGUCAAUGCCCAGGAUUAUGGUCUUCCAGAGGACUUGCACGAGUACCAUUCGCUUUACCCUCUCGACCUGACUCAAGAAAAAUCAACUGAGGUGUUUGGAUACCAGUCCAGCGUCUACAAGUGCAUGUGCAGUGAAGAUGGUAAAACGUACGCGUUGCGCCGGAUCGAGGGCUUUCGUCUGACCAACGAGGUGGCCAUGCAGACGAUUGAAGGCUGGCGCAGGAUAAAGCAUGCCAACAUCGUGUCGAUCCGGGAGGCGUUCACCAGCAAAGCUUUUGGAGACCACUCGCUCAUUUUUGUGUAUGACUAUCACCCUUGCUCCAAGACUCUUUACGACGUGCACUUUGGGCCUCAGGCGCAGCUGGCAUCCCAGGUCGUUGUAGGAGCCCCCAAGACAACCGACCAUGUCAUCCCCGAACGUACACUUUGGUCGUACUUGAUCCAGCUAACGUCUGCCCUUAAGAAGAUCCAUUCUGCCGGUCUUGCUGCACGUCUAAUUGACCCCACCAAGAUUUUGGUCACCGGAAAGAACAGGAUUCGCAUGAACUGCUGUGGAAUCAUGGAUAUGUUGACUUUUGACACGGCCCCCAAUAUUGCCCAUUUGCAACAGGACGACAUUUUGAACCUUGGACAGCUGAUGAUGACACUGGCAUGCAAAUCUUUGACGGCCACUCAUAACAUUUCAAAGUCGAUCGACUAUAUCGCCCAGACCUACACUCAGGAGAUGAAGAACAUGAUCCUCUUCCUCAUGAGCCAGCCCGUGCCCAUGAAAACUGUCGAUCAAAUUAUCUCGAUGCUCGGACCUAGGAUUAUGCAGGAGAUCAAUGACGUCCAGACUGCUAACGAUGUUUUGGAGAGCGACCUUGGCCGUGAGCUCGAGAACGGACGUCUGACAAGACUCAUGAUCAAGUUUGGCUUUAUCAACGAGCGGCCAGAGUUUGAUAUGGAUCCUGCCUGGUCUGAGACGGGCGAUCGGUACAUUAUCAAGCUGUUCAGGGAUUAUGUGUUCCAUCAGGUGGACGAGGCGGGCUUGCCCGUCCUGGAUGUUGCCCAUGUCCUCACCUGCCUGAAUAAGUUGGAUGCUGGAGUGGACGAAAAGAUUGUGCUGAUGUCGAGGGAUGAGCUGUCGUGUCUUAUUGUUAGCUACCGCGAGAUCAAGGCCUGCAUCGACUCUGCAUUCCGAGACCUCUCCAAGUCCAAGUAG